AAGUUCACGACAGAGUGCCCGGCGCAGGGGAACCGGAACUACAUCCCGGUGGCGGACCUGUACUCGCGGAACUUCACGGACCCGAACGGGGAGUUCCAGCUGGAGCUGAGCAUGGGCCACGUGCGGACCCUCUUCGACUCGGAGUUCCGGGUCGGGAGCUCCAUCUUCGGGACGUACCACAUCCCCUACCCCCUCCGCCACCACACCUCCCACCAUCACAAGCCCGGCGCCUCCAACAAGCUCGAGACCACCUACUUCAGCUUCGGCGGAUUCGACUGGAACCUCGCUCUCUACCCCUACGGGAUCAAGGACGGACACGCUGGGGACCGAGUGUCUCUGUACCUGAACCGGUACACGGGGUUCGACCACCAGUGCCGGGUCCGCUACUCCAUCGUCCUCGGCGACGGGGAUCGGCGAGUCGACUCGGGCAUCGUCGACGACGUCUCCGAUUCGGACGGCAAGAGCUACGGCUGGCACCCCACCGCCAAGUUCUCCGACCUCAUAUACAAGGGUGUGAUACGGGUUCACGUGGAGAUGCUGCUGGCGAACACGCUGAGCGACGUCAUCUCGAGCAUCACGCCCGACGCGGGGAGUCAGCCGGCCCCCCUGGCCACGACACUGUCCGUCUCGCAGUGCUACGACCGGGACAAACAGGCCUGGGUCAUCAAGAGCGACUGCCACUCCGACUCGGUCCGGCUCCACAUGGUCUACAAGGAUAUCCACAACGUCCCCCGGAACCACUUGAGGUACGUUUGUUGGACGGCCUACCUGUUACGGUAUCACAGCAAGAACGGUCACGUGGAACCGGUCCGGCUUCCUGGAGCCCCGUUCAGCCAUUAUUACGCACAAGAAGUCUCCGACGAGGGUAUCAUCAUAGAGACGGAUAUUAGCAUAAAAGAGCUGCGAGAACCGGGCUGUCCAUACCUGACGGCGAAAGGACAGCUGCGCGUUCAAGUGGAGUGGGCUGACAGUUACCUUCUCUUCCAAGCCACGUAUCACAAGUACGAUGACGUCACAAGACUACACUGUCAACAGAUGCGGCGGGAGAUCACGGCCCUGCAGGCGGAGAACUACUCCCUGGAGCGGCAGCUGUUCUCGUACCAGAAGUCGAUCGCGUACGCCCACUCGGCCCGGGGCCCGGGCUACGGGGACGACGGGACCCCGGACGGCGACCCCCGCGACGACGGCUCCUUCUUCGAGGACCGGCACCUCCUGGACCGCUCCCUCUCGACGGACACCGAGUACGCAUGAGACAGAGAGAAGCCGCGCCUCCCCCGCUACCACCCCUCCCCGCCGCCCUUCCUCCUCCACACCCCGAGCGGCCUCGUCGCCAACGGCCCCCGCCGCAGCCAGGACGCCACCAGCGUCUGGUCCACCUUCUCCGACACCGUCCGCAGCAUGAGCGCCUACGCCCUCGACACCGUCAAGCCCACCGGGAACAGGAAGUUGUUCAUCUUCAGGAAGAGCCAGAGCAAGUAGGACCCUCCCCUCUCAAGCCCACGAUGAGUACCUAUCUGAUGUGAUUUAGAGCAGGGGAAGCGUGCUGGGCCCAUAACCUGAUAUAGUUUAUUUAAGCUUUACAUGAAAAUUACCGAAGAUUUUAAAAACAAAUGAUUAUAGGUUGUCAAAUUACCCCUCUUCAGGAAGAGCCACAGCAAGUAGGACCCUCCUCUCUCAAGCCCACAAUGGAGCACUUAUCUGAUGUGAUUAAGAGCAGUGGAAGCGCGCUGGGCCCAUAACCUGAUAUAGUUUAUUUAAGCUCUUACAUAGGUUACAUGAAAAGUACCAAAGAUUUUAAAAACAAAUGAUUAUAUUAAUCGCACCACCGAUCAAUCAGAAGCGCUAAGCCGAACUUAAGUGCGGUCGAGACUCGCUCUAGUCUAUAAAGACGGAGUGCUCGUAUCUAAAAGCUCGGGGAAGAAGUGAAGCCAUUCUGGCAAUGUGAAUCCAUGCGCGGGAAACGAUUUGAUUUGAACUUGUCCUCUUCAUGUUUCCAUAUUUCUUCUUCGAAUCUCAUUUUAAAUGCCUAAAACGAAUCGAUAAGUAAAGUUGGGAUUUUGAAUUUUUAUAAUAAACCUAUUUUGGCUUGGUAACAAGGAGGAAUCUUACAGAAAUCUCAGAUAAAGUUAGUUUUUCUGCUGCUCUAACCAAAAGAAGAGGUGGCUUCAUUUUCUUCUUCUAGCGCUCCGUCUUUAUGUCUGUAACUCGCUCCAAGGAUACCGAAGCACGGUGGAGAGGACCGACAAAAUUCGACCCUGGAGUACCUUCAUAGGAAGAGUUUAGUCACUUCGGUUACCACCUCAGAUUCGCUCAGUCACCUUUGGCGGACGCUUUAAGUACACGCAAGUACAAAAUUACCCAGUGAGAGGUUGGCGACAGGG